AUGCAAUUAGCAUUGCAGGACGUUGAAGCCGCUUUCGACUCUUCUCAUAGAGCCCGUCUUCUCAACGCGCUCUGUGCCUAUGCAGAAUCAGAAAAGUUCGUUCGCUUGCUCGAUGACAUGAGUCAGCGAACAACUGCUGCAGGUCGAAAACCAGCCGGAUUUACAAAACCGCUAGAGUUGGUAACUGGAGUAAGACAAGGGGCAAUGGCAGGACCUUUCCUGUUCGAUUUCUCCACCGACAACAUUAUGCGAAGAACAGUAGAUCAGUGUGCCCGCCGAUGUCAUCCUAGCACAAUCAGAACGUCUCUUGACCGAUCGAGUACGCCGACGAUGUAG